GUAAAAGGUUAACAUUUAAAAACUAACAUGUUUUCAAGCAAGCUUUUCAUUGAACUAUUUACAUAAGUUUCCUGACUUGAUUCUGGCUCUUCUUUUGUUUUUUAUUCUUAAUGCCAACAUUUGAAUGAUCUGUGCUUUAUUUUUGUUACAAUUUUUUAAAAGGAUGAUUUGAUUGCUUUUGGUAUGUACACUAUUUAAACGCCUCAAACUUAACAUUUGUCAAGAAUUGAGGCACUCUAGUAAGGCAACCAAAAUAAUCUUUCUGGCAAGAUGCCUGUGUGCAUACAGAGCAUUCAAAGGAAAGAGCAUUGUGGUUGCCAUGGUGCUGAGCCCAGCAUAUCUUGCACAUUGCAAGUUAGGUUAUAGGAGAAGUAGAGCUUCACUUGUAUGUUGCUUGUUCCAUCCCCCACUUUGCACUCAAGCCAAGUGCAAAGAGAUAGAAUCACACUUCACCAAAACAGAUAUUGUCAUAUCCAUCUAUCUUUAAAAUUGGGUACAAGUCUAGAUAAAGCAGAGUGGCAGCUUGCUUACAUUAAAGUAAAGAGCAACUCGGGGAUGCUGCAAUCAUAAAUCUGCACUCCUGAAUGCAACAGAGCAGAGCCAUAGUGGACUUCUUCACUAUGCUAUCUGCGCUCCAACUAUACUUUUCAAAGCUUUGUUGGCUGCUCAGAUAAAGGGAGAGGUUGGUUGCAUCCUGGUUUUGCUCUGAAAGCUCAUAAACAGAUUCCCCACCUCCUGUCAACCUAGAUCCCUGUUUAAGCUAUGAAACCGCCCUAGCUUGCUCCAAGGCUAAUCAAAGCCAAAUAAGGUCGACUUAAGCCAAUGUUUCUUAAAGGGUGAUCUGAGGAUCCUUGGGGUCUCUAAGGCUCUCUCGGGCUUCCAUGAAAGCAAAAGCAUUUGCUAGCUAUUGCAACAUUUGCAACAAUUACACUUUUUUUUAAUGAAAAAACAGUAACAUCGAAUGUUUCAUAUUGUUAUUUUUACACGGUUCAGUAUAUUAAUGUUCCAUGAGUACGUCCAUUUUAAGUUUUAAUACGGUAAAUAUCGAUAAACCAUCCAUAUGAACAAAAUCUUUUUUUUUCGAGGUCCUUCACGAUUUUUAAAGUGGGAAUUAAUUACUCCCGACCGCAAAAAGUUUGCUCUCCAACCGCAGCGAGACUCUCGCCGUGAGUUGAAAAAAAAUAAACCGAAUAUCGGUCCCACAACUUCAAACCGAAAUUUACAUUUCAGUCGCUCCUCGUGCCAAGGAAAACUUUUUUUUUCCUUUUUAACAAGGCAGACCGAAGUGGAACCAAAAAUAAAUAAAAAUAAAAAUCGUCUGAAGCCGAGCGUGAAGGCAGCGAAAGGGUGAAGGGCAUGACGGCUACAGAGAAAAACGCGGGGAUGCCCCCCCCUCCCUAAGCGCCCGAAGCACGCGCUUGUUUUGCGUAAUGGGUAAAUCCAAGGUUUGGCUUGCCCUUCCCACAUGGGUUGCGCAAUUUUCCUUUAAAAAGUUUAUACUUAACCCAACGCUCCCAGGGCCCGCGAGCUAAGAGCGGAGAGAGGAGCGCCCAUCACUCCCACAGCUCGUCAAAGCCGCGCCAAAGAAUCACUGCCAGGCAAACGGGGGGAGGAAUGGAUACCCACCUUCGCAGCCGUUAAAAACGAAAAGCCCUCCCCCUCGCCUUUGAGGGUUUAACCGCCAUAGGCUGGGAGGCGCUUCUUUCCCUUCGGCGGCCAAUCCGCUCCGUCCGCCGGACUCUCCCAAGAUGGCGUUGGCCCCGCCUUUCGGUUUCCUCCGGGAUUGGGAGCGGGCGGCUGCGGUCGACGCUGGAGCUCCUCCCCGCGCUGGGGAGGAGGAGGCCGGUUUGGGUGUGUGCGCGCCUCGGCAGGCGGGGCGUCGGUAGCAGAUUAGUCCUAGCGGCGGCGGAGGAAGAGGGAGAGCGGCCAGCCGCGGACCUGGGGAAGGCGCGCUUCGGUUUCUGAGUAAGCGGCGCACUUGGGCUGCAGCGGGUCGGGUGGUCGGUCGGGAAGCGCGGCGGAUAAUGGAAGCGUCUAACGGAGGGGGCGGCGGAGUACAGGAAAGUUUCUCUCCCCGUCGGAGCGGGAUUCGCGGCCAUGUUGGGGAAGGUACUCGGCGGAGCCCGGGCAGCUUUGGUCGUGAGGGAGCGAGAACGCCAGGACGGGGAACGUGGUGAAAGAUGGUGGAUCGUUUGGCAAACAGUGAAGCAAAUACUAGGCGAAUAAGCGUAGUGGAAAACUGUUUUGGAGCUGCUGGUCAGCCUCUGACCAUUCCUGGCCGUGUCCUCAUUGGUGAAGGAGUAUUAACAAAGCUGUGUAGGAAGAAACCAAAAGCAAGGCAGUUUUUUUUAUUCAAUGAUAUCCUUGUAUAUGGUAACAUUGUUAUCCAGAAGAAAAAAUAUAAUAAGCAACAUAUCAUUCCUCUAGAAAACGUCACUAUUGAGUCUAUCCAAGAUGAGGGGGAUUUGCGGAAUGGCUGGCUGAUCAAAACUCCAACUAAAUCUUUUGCAGUAUAUGCUGCUACUGCCACAGAGAAAUCUGAAUGGAUGAACCACAUCAAUAAAUGUGUUUCUGAUUUGCUGUCCAAAAGUGGGAAGAUGCCCAGUAAUGAGCAUGCAGCUGUCUGGGUACCGGACUCAGAAGCCACUGUUUGCAUGCGCUGCCAGAAAGCAAAAUUUACUCCUGUGAAUCGUCGACACCACUGUCGGAAAUGUGGAUUCGUUGUAUGUGGACCCUGCUCUGAAAAGAGGUUCCUUAUUCCCAGUCAGUCUUCCAAGCCUGUGCGAAUCUGUGACUUUUGUUAUGAAUUUCUUUCCAUGGGAGAGAUGUCAACAUGCCAGCCCACAAGAUCAGACUCUUUCAGCCAAUCACCAAAACCUUCUUUAAAUGACAUAUCAGAUGAUGAUGACGAUGAUGACAGCAGUGACUAAAUAAUGGAGAAAAAUGUUUUUAUAUUAGUUGGUGUUUGAACUUGAGUUGUUGUAUGAGAAACCUCUAGUUUCAAGUUCUCCUGAGAAAUCUACCGUAGCCAUUAAAUUUGCCUGAAAAACCUUUGAAUCAUAUGUGCCUCAGUAUUUAAACCUCCAAAAUAUGUCAUUACUCUUUCUGCAGGGAUUGACUAUUGCAAAUACUUUCUAGCCACGUAUACUUGAUUUUCUUUUUGCAGGUGAAUUGGUCAGCAAUUCCCCUUUUCUGAACAGAAAGAUUAGAAAAUGUAGCACAUUUUUUCUUUGCAGUUUGUACUAAUAAGUAUUCCAUAGUAUGAAUUCUUUUAAUAUUAGGAUGGGGAAAUUAAACCUGCAUGAAACCAGUAAUUUGGUUAGCAGAUUGAAAAGGACAUCUAACCAAACUUUGAAACUGAUAGUUUACUUUUAUUCUAUAUAUUAUAAAUUCUGAAAUGUUAGUAACUUUUUAAAAACAAUGCAAAAUGUUACACACCAAGCAGUGCCUUGUAAUGACUGCACUGUUGCAGGAAAAAAAAAAUAACCUUGCACCCUCUGACAUGCGAUCCUCUAAGAAUCAGUUGGUGCUAUUAGGAUUAAUUGCUGUUGUAUAAUAGGAUUUCAGUAAUAAGGGUUGUGACUUUAUCCCUAGAACUGAGGGCUGUCCAGCAUCUCCUUGCACAAAGUGAUUUUCAUUAAGACGCAAGGUGAAGACAGAUUCAGCAUUAUUGCACAAUGAUUAUUAUGAGUUGAUUACAAGUAUAGUGCUCCCACAAAAUGAAUAAAACAAAUGGGGGCUUUUAAGAAAUUAAUCUUUCAGACAGAUUUGAUAUCUAAACUACUUUCAAACUUCUAUAUUGUUAAAUGCUUAUAAUUAUCAGGUAUGGUUAAUCGAAAAGUUUUGUCUCAGAUCAUGUUAUUUGCUGUAAUGUUUUGAUUUGAUAUUUAAAUCCUUAGAUCAUUCACUAACCUUUUAAAACUGUAGGAUGUGGAUUUAAAAAUAAACUGUGUUCUAAAAGCACAAAUUGGGAGAAUGGGCUAGCUAUUCAUUUGAAAACAACAUUUUUACACAGCUGACCUCAAGAUGUAAAUCAAUUGCAGGUGAUUUUAUUUUAAAUGUCUAAAACCAAGACCUGACAAAUAGUAUAAAAGGUGUUUCCAGUAAAAAUUUUAUUCUUUCUAUAAUGGUGUCAAUUUUAGAGAAAUGUCAACUUAGCUACAAAGUUUUGUAAAAUCCCACAACAUAUCUCUAUUUUUAUAUAAUAGUAUGUUUAAUUGUUUUACACAGAAGUCUUUUGACAUAAUUGUGUGGGAAUUCAAUAGCACCUGAGAAUUUAUAAAUAACAUGAAUAUUAUUCAUGCAAAAAUAUAUUGUGCUUAAUAAGUCACAGUUUCUGCACUGUUUUCUGCCGUUUUGACUAUAUUUAUUAAAUAAACCAUUAGAUCUGCAUCUGUGAACGUGUCUACUAUUCUAUUAUCUGGUUGGAUAAAUAGUAUAAUAUCCAAAUUGGGUAAAAAAAAGUCAUAUGAGGACUCUAGCUAUAAAGUGAUGAAGAGUGGGCUCAAUUGACUUGCUUAGAAUCUGUGGAACAGCAGUAUUGAUUAUGAGAAUUCAAUAGGCUAGAUUUGCAGAUGAUACUCAAAUGCCUAAACAAAUCGGGAAGGGCCUAGCAUUAAUGCUGGGAGUUCAGACUCAUACACUUAAUUUUUGAAAAACUCAGGUUUCCUCCAGCUUUCCUAUUUGCUCCUUGAAUCCUAAAAUUCAACAUUUGAGGAAACAAUAUUUCAAAGCUUCAUUUAAUUAUAGUAAAGGUAGUUUUAAUAGAAUGAUUAUUUCUAGCACUCUAUAGUAUACACACCAAUUUCCUUCUGACAAUAAUUAACUUCAGGGAGGCUUGUCCUUAUGCAGUUAUGCGGAGAUCGAAGGCUUCCUCUUUAUGUUAACCAAAGUUUAGUGUAUUGUCCGAACCCCAUAUUGUGGUUAAUCUUAUAGCCAAAUCACAUAAAUUAUAGAGUGAAAUUGGACUGAGUUUAGAUAACUUGACAAACAGAAAUUAAUUCUAAAAUGGUUGAGGCUAAGAUUAGGAGAAGAGACCAUCUGGGGCUCACGGGGGCUUAUUCUUAUGGUAGACCAUAUACGGUACUUAUGUCUGAUGAAGAUCUUGUCUUGUGUUUUGCAAUAAGCACUAAAGACGAUUGCCCAUCUGUGCAUUACUAUUUCCACAAUUAGCAUUGAUGCUUGGAAAUGUAGGGUUUGAAGGAUGUCCUCCAAUGUAUGGUUCUUUAUGAAGAAGCCAAUGAAACCUUUUGGAAUUGGCUGGAUAUACUUUUUUUCUACUGAUCAGCAAAAUUUUCCCUUCUCCAUAACCCAAAUAUGAACUGUAGGUUAUGUGGAUAGAAUUCAACUUUCUUAAUGCUUAUCUUGCAAUCUUUCUGUAUUCAGUAUUGAAUGUAAUUCUUAUAUUUGCCCAGUUAUCUUUGUAUGCUGCACGUAUGCUUCAGCACUUUCAUUUAUUUGGCCACAAGCUCCUCCUACCAGCCCUCAAAUGCAGUCAUUGCAUACAAAUGAAAUUUGCAUAUGCUACAAUUAAUCCCUGAUGCUGUUACCAAUUAACAAUGUAAAACAAGUAAUCGUAGGAUUAUGAGUGUGAAAGAAAGGAAUUUUAUGAUUUUCCACAUAAUUUUAUUUUGGAGAGUAAGCUAUCUUGUGUAUUAAAUCAACUUUGUGAAAGGCUUAAUAAAUGAUUUUGUAAUUUUG